UGCAGGUGGAGAGAUUAUCCUAUUUAGUGUUGAACAUUGUCCAGACAGCUUGGACAGUUUUGUUGAGGGGAGAGUUUGAGCUUUUGAUUGCACAACUGUGAGGGAAGAGAAUGUAGUGGCCCUCGGGACUAAGAAAUGUUUCAGCUGCAAACUUGAGUUGGGUGUUGUGUGUCCAGGCGCUGUAGAGCUGCUGUAGAGCUCAGCUCUGCGCUGUUCUCCCGGAGUAAAGGAGUAAAGGGAGGAGAGUCUGGGAACGGGAGAAGAGCCGCCAUUAUUGGGAAGCUGAAAAAACGCACUUACACACGCACACACAUCCACACACACCGUCAGAGGGUUUUUUUGGCUGUUCGCGGUGUCGAAAACGCUUUUCGCUGAAGAAGAAAAUCGCGCUUUGCUUUGGCAGAUGACAUUAGUGCUUCUUCCAGCUGCGAAUGCUCCAGUAGACACGGGCAAGUCAGGAUGUUUGGGGCACAACAAAGGAAAUAAUAAGUGGUCAAAAACAACGUGGUGAACCCAGGGGAAGACACAACGAUACAGGGCUUUCUUUUUUUUUCCCUCAACGCCCCCUCCUUUUCUUUCCAAGCAGAAAAUACAGUGAAAGAUCCAGACAUUCCGGGCUGCCCGUUCGUUGCUUCAUUGUCUUUCUGUUUCAGCAGUAAUAACAGAAACACGUUCAGCAGAUUGUGGCGAAAACUUUUCUUUUUUAAUGGAAUGGUGAUUGAAGGAAGAAUACUUUCUGGAAACGGACAGCAGCCAAGAAAGGGAGCUAUUGAAAUUUCUGGGACUACGGGAGCACUCUUAUUUCUCUUCUUUCUUGUCUCUAUUUCAUUUCUUUCUUGAGCCGGUUGGGGCUAAACAAACGCUGCUGCUGCUGCUUUGGCUUGGCUUGGUUUGGUUCGGUGAGCCUAGCAGAGCAGAGCAGCCGAGAGAGAGAGAAAGGAGUGAAGCGGAGUGGUGGAGAAGGCAGGCAGGAAUGCUAUGGCUAAGAUCCAGGCUAGACAACCCUAAGACCUUGUUCUCUGCCAUGGAACCCUUGAGGAGUGGAAAUGGGCCAGUGUAGUUCUGCCUCUUGCACACCAGUUUAGAUCUACAUUGAAGUAUCUCCCCUUCCUCCCAUAUCCUCUUCUAUGCUCCAGCCUUUUACCCUUGUUCACCUACAUUGACUCUGCGAUUCGCAGCUUUACUGACAUGGACAAAUGACUCUGUAUUUAAAAUUUGGCCACUAAAGGCACUGAACCCCUACACAAUUAGGCAACUUAGGACAACCUUUUUGUCAGGCCUGAAUGCACUUGGAUGGGAUAUCAGCCCAGCAGCUUUCCAAUUAGAGCUUCUGGGAAUGGCAAGAUGAGCGCCUUCAAACGAUGAUGAUGGCAAAAAAACAAGAUGCCCGGGCGCCAAUCUACAACCUGGUUGUGGUAGGUUUGUCCGGGACUGAGAAGGAGAAAGGGCAGUGUGGAGUUGGAAAGUCCUGCCUUUGCAAUCGAUUUGUCCGUCCCAGCGCUGAUGAUUUUUAUUUGGACCACACCUCUGUUCUGAGUACCAGUGACUUUGGUGGUCGAGUGGUGAACAAUGACCACUUUCUGUUCUGGGGUGAAGCAGCACGAGCAUUGGAGGAGGCACCGGAGUGCCGAAUGCAUGUGGUGGAGCAGACAGAGUUCAUUGAUGACCAAACCUUCCAGCCACAUCGAAGCACUGCACUGCAGCCCUACAUCAAGAGGGCAGCUUCCACCAAACUGGCCUCUGCUGAGAAGCUCAUGUACUUCUGCACCGAUCAGCUGGGUCUUGAACAGGACUUUGAGCAGAAGCAAAUGCCUGAAGGAAAGCUUCUGGUAGAUGGGUUCCUUCUCUGUGUGGAUGUAAGCAGGGGUAUGAACCGUAACUUUGAUGACCAGAUGAAGUUUGUUUCAAACUUAUACAACCAGUUAGCUAAGACUAAAAAACCAGUUGUACUGGUCUUGACCAAGUGUGAUGAGGGAGUUGAGCGAUAUAUUAAGGACUCUCAUACUUUUGCCCUGGCCAAGAAAAAUUUGCAGGUAGUAGAAACCUCAGCACGCUCUAAUGUCAAUGUUGACCUUGCCUUCCUGACCCUGGUGCAGUUAAUAGACAAGAGUCGAGGGAAGCCCAAGAUCAUCCCUUAUUUUGAGGCUCUCAAGCAGCAGAGUCAGCAGAUAGCAUCUGCAAAGGACCGCUAUGAGUGGCUGGUCAGUUGCAUUGUGAAGAACCACAAUGAAACAUGGCCCAAUAUCAACCGCAGAAUGCAGACCUCCCCCGAAUACAAAGAUUAUGUCUUCCUCGAGGGUACUUCCAAAGCCAAGAAGCUGUUUCAGCAACAUGUGCACAGGCUCAAGCAGGAACACAUAGAAAAACGGCGCAAGAUUUAUCUCAGCACGCUUCCACAGGCUCUGUGUACUUUGGUACCAGAUUUAGAUGAGAUUGACCACUUGAGCUGGUCAGGUGUACAGAAGGUUCUGGAGACAAAGCGGGAGUUCUCACACUGGUUUGUUGUAUUAGAUGACACACCAUGGGAAACUACUCCACAUAUCGAUAACAUGGAGGAUGAGCGGAUCCCCCAGGAUCUUUUGGAAACCCCAGCAGCUGAAGUAAUCUAUGAGAACCAUUUAGAGCACCUGCGUAAUGAGCGCAAACGGGCAGAGAUGCGUUGGGAAUUCAAAGAGAAACUGGUUGCGUCACCAUUUGUCACCCCUGGCAAACCCUGGGAGGAGGCCCGCAGCUUUAUCAUGAAUGAAGAGUUUUACCAGUGGCUGGAGGAACCAGAAUAUCUUGAUAUCUACAACAAGCAUCAAAAGGAGAUUAUUGACCAAGCCAAAGAGGAUUUCCAGGAACUCUUGCUGGAGUACUCUGAGCUAUUCUAUGAGCUUGAAGUGGAUGCUAAGCCCAGUAAAGAAAAAAUGGGUGCUAUCCAAGAGGUUCUUGGAGAGGAACAGAGGUUUAAAGCCCUACAAAAGCUUCAAGCAGAGAGGGAUGCCCUGGUGCUCAAGCAUAUCCAUUUUGUGUACCACCCAACUAAGGAAACCUGCCCUAACAGUCCUCAUUGUGUGGAUAGUAGGAUUGAACAGAUCCUUGCUACUCGGUUUCCUACUAGGUAUGCAUUUGAUGGCACCUUAAGGUCUCAAUAUGGUGAGGGAAAGGUAGAUAGGAUUAAUCUUGUAAUCCUUGGCAAAGAUGGACUUGCAAGGGAGUUGGCCAAUGAGAUCAGAGCAUUAUGCACCAGUGAUGACCGGUACAUGCUAGAUGGAAGGAUGUAUGAGCUGGCUCUGCGGCCUAUAGAAGGCAAUGUACGUCUACCAGUUAACUCCUUUCACACGCCCACUUUUACCCCUCAUGGUUGCCUCUGCCUCUACAACUCCAAGGAAUCAUUGUCUUAUGUUGUUGAAAGUAUUGAAAAACUUCGAGAAUCAACUAUUGGUCGAAGGGAUAACAGCUUAGCUCAGCUCCCUCUGUCUCUCCUGCUGGUUACCAAGCGAGGAGUUGGGUCAGUCGGGGAUAUAGGAGGGGAAACUGCCCAAAGUUUAAUAAUACAGGGGCAGCAGGUGGCUGGCAGACUGCAGUGCAGUUACUUGGAUCCUGCCUCCCCAGGUGUGGGAUAUGCACGUAAUGUAAAUGAAAAGCAGAUCAACCAAGUUUUGAAAAGCCUUUUGGAUGUACAGAGACCCUCUGGUAGUCUUGGAAGUAGCUCCCCUCCUUUGCAGGCUCCACCGGCACGUUUCAGAGACUCUCACCCUCAGCAGACCUCAGAGGCAGAUUUGCAUAUAGUAAUGUGCCUCAUGUGUGGAGACAUGUAUGAUGUAGACCAACUUUUAUCACCCUUCUUGCUUCCCCAGCACUGUAGGCCUUCCACCAGUCUAUCCAGUGGCACAUCAGUGUUGUUGGAGCUUACUAUUGGUAGCCAAAGGCAAAGUAUUGACCUUGCUGUACUCUCUUACCACUCAUCUUUCUCCUUACGCAAGAGCCGGUUAGUGCAUGGAUACAUUGCAGUAUAUUCAGCAAAGAGGAAGGCCUCUAUGGAAACACUUUGCGCCUUCCUUUGUGAGGUGCAGGACAUUAUUCCUGUGCAGCUGCUAGCAGUUGGGGAGAGUCAGGCAGAGUUGACGGAACUUGAGGUGGCUCGGGAGCAACUGAGCCAAGGGGAAGAAUUGGCCCAUGAAAUUGAGGGGCAUUUCAACUCCAUUGUCUGUGGAUCUGGUGGGGUGGUAGGUGGCUUGCAUAGGAUAGACCUCUUCCAGCCUUUCUUAAAAGAGGUAGUUGAAAAAAAGACAAUUGUGGAGGCUACACAUACAUAUGAGGUGGCUGAGGCCAGCAGUACCAAUGAGAAUGUCCAUUCACCUCGAUGUGGGUCACCCAGCACCACCCUGUUGGACUCAGAAGAUGAUGUUGAGCCCUCACCACCAUAUCCCACUCUGAGGGAUGAUAGCACCCUGACACAUGGAGGGAGCUUCAAGCUUCCUGACCUGGAAGGUAGUGAUACCUUCAGUGUUAUCUCUGAAAUCAGCACCUUUGAAAGCAAGCUCAAUAAUAAAGUUCCACCUCAAGUGCGGCCCAAGCCUACGGUUACCUUUGACUUUCGUAAAGUUAGUCUCAGCUCGUAUAUGGACCCUGGGGGUAACAGACGCUCACUACCUUCAGUCACAUGGGCACCAGGCAGUGAUGGUGGUUAUGAUCCAUCUGACUAUGCUGAGCCAAUGGAUGCUGUAGCUAAGCCUCGUCCCACAGAAGAGGAAAACAUUUACUCUGUACCACAUGAUAGUACACAGGGCAAGAUCAUCACCAUCCGCAAUGCAAAUAAGAGUCAUUCAAAUGGUGGAGGCAAUGGCUCAGACAGUGAAGCAGACAGCAGUUCAUUAGAGCGCAGGCGCAAGUUGUCUGCUCUUGGUGUGAAACCACGACUAUAUCGUGAUCGCUCGAAACGAUUGGGCAAGUUCAGUAGCUUCCGCACAAGCUUCAUUGGCAGUGAUGAUGAACUUGGAGGUCCACCCAAGACCAAAGAGGAUGAAAUAGGGGUGCAGAAAGGGGAUAAUUCCCUGAAUGAAGAGGGUGAGGACUCUAAGAGGAAAAAUAUCUUGAGGAGCCUACGCAGAACUACAAAGAAAACAAGGCCAAAGCCUCGCCAAUCCAUUUCCAAACCCCUGGAGAGUAACUACUUUGGUGUUCCAUUGGCCAAUGUGGUCACCCCCGAGCGUCCCAUUCCACUCUUCAUCGAGAAAUGUAUCCGCUACAUUGAGGCGACUGGUCUGAGCACAGAGGGGAUCUACAGAGUGAGUGGAAAUAAGGCUGAGAUGGAGAGCAUGCAGCGGCAGUUUGAUCAAGAUCCCAGCCUGGACCUGGUGGAAAAGGACAUGUCUGUGAACACGGUAGCAGGAGCCAUGAAGAGUUUCUUUUCCGAGUUGCCUGAACCCCUGGUGCCGUACAACAUGCAGGUGGAGCUGGUGGAAGCCUUCAAGAUCAAUGAUCGAGAGCAGCGUCUCCACACAAUGAAGGACGUGCUGCGCAGGUUCCCCCGAGAAAACUACGACGUCUUCAAAUACGUCAUCAGCCACCUGAACAAGGUGAGCCAAAACAGUCGUGUGAACCUGAUGACGAGCGAUAAUCUGUCCAUCUGCUUCUGGCCCACACUGAUGCGGCCCGACUUCACCACAAUGGACGCUCUGACAGCCACGCGCACCUACCAGACAAUCAUAGAGACCUUCAUCCACCAGUGUGCUUUCUUCUUCUACAAUCAGCCGCUGGCCGAUACGCCCAGUGGCCUGUCUGGCCUGCCGGGAUCACCCACCGCCACCUUGAGCUCCGCUUCCUCCAUAAGCAGCUCUGCUUACACCUCCUGCUAUGCUCCGGCCCAGCCAGUGGCCUCGCCCUUCAGCCCGGUGCAGCAGUCCCCACCCCAUUCUCCACCCCCUACCCCACAGUCACCCAUCCAGAGUUUGCUUCCACCUCUGCAUCCGCACCACACGCCUACGGAACAACACACGCUGUGAACCAGAGAGAGAGAGGUAGA